GGGGUGUCCGGGAUAUGGGGAGACAUAUACAGGGCUAUGAGGGGCAGGGAUAUGGGAGGCAUGUAUAGGUGGAGACUGACAAGACACAGGGUUAUGGGGGUGUUGUCAGGGAUGUGGGGCCUGGGCAGAGAUAUGGGUUACAGGAAUAUGCGGUUGUCAGGGAUAUGGGGCUGACAGAGAUACAGGGAUUUGAGGGGCAUAUCCUGGGGGCUCUGGGGUUGGGUUUGAAGCUGUGUCCCUGUUAAGUUAUCCCUUUUGUUUGUCACUUUUUGUGUUGGGUUGUCACCCUUGGAGCCCAGUGCAGGCUGGAAGGGAGGGCAGGGCUGAGACAGGUUUGCAGGGAACAGCCAGAAAGAAUUAUUUUGCUACUGAGAUGUGAGGGUGGAUUAAUACUAGGGUGACCAGACAGCAAGUGUUGAAAAUAGGGACGGGGGUAGGGGAUAAUAGAAGCCUAUAUUAGAAAAAGCCCCAAACAUUGGGACUGUCCCUAUAAAAUCGGGAUAUCUGGUCACCCUAAUUAAUACCCCCUCUUAUCCAGAUACUGUUCACACUGUGGCAGCGCACCUGGGGUGACCGUUGGGGAAAGGAUGGAAUUGUUCAGGCCAGAAUAUUCUGUGGCAGUUACGAUUCCCUGGAUGGGAAUUGGGCAGAGGGGCCCUCGAAUGUGGUGGGGGAGGUGACAGCUGUUGAGUGAGCUGGGAAAUGGGCUGAAUGACUAUAGGGCAUGAUAGGAAGCAGAUACAGAUGAGGCAGUUGGGAAAUGGGCCUUAAGGGGAAGGGAAGAGGGAGAGGCAUAUGGGCACCUGGCCAUUAGAAGAGGAGAAAUUCUUAAGAAAGUGCAGUGACAACAGCAGAGCCCCCUUGAUGGGGGGUGAAAAAAGUGAGAUAAAUUUGAAAGGCUGUAACCUUAAGUAUGUGAGGGGAGCAGAGUCAGGGACAUGAACGUGAGGUGAAAAGAAAAGAAAGGGGGAGGAUAGAGAAGAAACCAACAAAUCCAAAGAGAAUAUGAGAGCAAUGAAAGCAAACAGGCUGGGAAAUUCCCUGGGAAGAAAACAAAGCCAUGAUCUUUGCAGCUUUCCUAUGAGAUUCGUCCCAUGGUAACAACAAUAGAGCCAUAGAAGCAGCUUCCCAAGGAGUAACAUUGACAUUGGCUGGAGCAACAUCAAGUGGAUACCCCUUCUGGCUGAAAAUCUUAUGCAGCAAGCAGGAAACUGAAGUAAAAAUUGCCCAAGCAAUAAUGAAGCAACAAACAGAAAAGCUAUUUUGAGAUCUUCACUUGGUCUGGGGAUGUCACAUAAAACAAGACAAAUAUGGAACAAUGUAGCCCAAAAAGGCUACUGAAGUGAAGAGCAUCGUUGAUCUGGAAGGACAACUAGCCAAAUUCCUAAAUAAAGAGAGAGGGAUCCACAGGAAAUGGCAAAUGGAGCAGAGAACAGCUCAGUGCAAGCAACCCAGCAGCCUAUGAGGUUUCAGAACACAACUAAUUCUAGGGACACAAGACUCCAGAGUGGGAAGAAAUCUAGAUGUAAGUUUUCUCUUCCAGUCCCACAUCUGAAUUGCCAGCUCAGCUCCCACUCAAAAUGCAAGGCCCUAAGUAAGAUACUUGCAUCACUUGUAUCAAAGGCCCAUUUUUGGUGAUGUAAGUAAUCAGUCGCAAACAAAUCAGAAAACCUCUUAUGAAAGAUAUUAGAACAAAUCUACACGAAUGAAUGGUCUGCCCAGAGACCUGGGCAUCCUGAUGCCAAUUGGAGAAACAAAAACAAUAAUUAGCACUUGCCCCAUAACAGGAAACAAACAACAUACAGUUAGAAUGACAAGCCUAUGUCUGGAGGAGGGAAGAGAAGAUGAAAUGGAAAGGGAUUUAUAUAAUAUAUUCUCCCACAGGGCUAUUUCUCCUACAUUUGUUGCUCAUAUGAUGUAUAAAUUGGCUUGGCUGGACAGUUAUUCUAGCCUGAACCUUCACCCAAAACUCAGACUGAACCUCUGCCUAACUUCAAAGAAACUUCCAUUAAUUUUCCGUUUCCACUGUUGGAUGGAAGCACCAAAUCCCAGACACAGCUGUUCUCAUGGCUAUUCCAGCCCAAUGCAGGCACAAAGUAACCAGCUUCUCUUCAUCACAGACCAUGCUCUGAUGAUACCUCUAACUCAGUUCUGGGAGCCCCUUGCGGUUCUGAGUCCCCCCCAGAGAGAGCCGGGCAGCGGUGCAGCAUGCCCAGCGGGGUCAUGGAGAAAAAUCCUAGCAUGGAGCCCACCGCCACGACGCCAUUCCGUGUCACGGGGUUUCUCAGCCGUCGGCUUAAAGGCUCCAUCAAAAGGACAAAGAGCCAGCCCAAGCUUGAUAGGAACAGCAGCUUCCGGCACAUUUUACCUGGCUUCAGGAGUGUUGACAAUGAAAGAUCCCAUCUAAUGCCGAGGCUGAAAGAAUCACGCUCCCACGAGUCUUUGCUCAGCCCCAGUAGCGCCGUUGAGGCUCUGGAUCUCAGUAUGGAGGAAGAAGUGGUCAUCAAGCCAGUUCACAGUAGCAUUCUGGGGCAGGACUAUUGUUUUGAGGUGACGACUUCAUCAGGAAGUAAAUGCUUCUCCUGUCGCUCUAUAGCAGAACGAGAUAAAUGGAUGGAGAACCUGCGGCGUGCCGUGCACCCAAAUAAGGACAACAGCAGAAGGGUAGAGAAUAUGUUAAAGUUAUGGAUUAUUGAAGCCAAGGACCUACCAGCCAAGAAGAAGUACUUGUGUGAAUUAUGUCUGGAUGACGUUCUUUACGCACGAACUACCUGUAAAUUGAAAACUGACAAUGUCUUUUGGGGGGAGCACUUUGAAUUUAAUAACCUCCCGUCGCUCAAAACCAUUACGGUGCACUUAUACAAAGAGACUGACAAGAAAAAAAAGAAAGACAAGACCAACUUCAUCGGGCAGGUGAAUAUCCCCGUGGGCUCCGUAACGGGGCGGCAGUUUGUGGAGAAGUGGUACCCUGUCAUCAGCCCCAACCCCAGCAAGGGCAAGUCCGCAGGGCCUAUGAUCCGCAUCAAGUCGCGCUACCAGAGCAUAAGCAUCCUCCCCAUGGAGAUGUACAAGGAGUUUGCUGAGUACAUCACUAAUAAUUACAUGGUGCUCUGCUCAGUGCUGGAGCCUGCGUUGAGCGUGAAGAACAAAGAGGAGAUGGCCUCUGCCCUGGUCCAUAUUCUGCAAAGCACUGGGAAGGCCAAGGAUUUCUUGACCGACCUAAUGAUGUCUGAAGUUGACCGCUGUGGUGAAAAUGAGCACCUCAUUUUCCGGGAGAACACGCUGGCCACGAAAGCCAUCGAGGAGUACCUGAAGCUGGUGGGGCAGAAGUACUUACAGGAUGCCUUAGGAGAGUUCAUCAAAGCUCUGUAUGAAUCAGAUGAAAAUUGCGAGGUGGACCCCAGUAAGUGCUCAUCCUCGGACCUUCCUGAACAUCAGAGCAACCUGAAAAUGUGCUGUGAGCUGGCCUUCUGUAAAAUCAUCAAUUCUUACUGCGUCUUCCCAAGGGAACUCAAAGAGGUUUUUGCUUCAUGGAGACAAGAGUGCAGUAACCGUGGCCGGCCAGACAUCAGCGAGCGGCUCAUCAGUGCCUCCUUAUUCCUCCGGUUCCUCUGUCCAGCCAUCAUGUCCCCCUCCCUCUUUAACUUGCUCCAGGAAUACCCUGAUGACCGCACUGCACGCACUUUGACCCUCAUUGCCAAGGUCACUCAGAACCUCGCCAACUUUGCAAAGUUUGGCAGCAAAGAGGAGUAUAUGUCCUUUAUGAAUCAGUUUCUGGAACACGAAUGGACUAACAUGCAGCGAUUUCUAUUGGAGAUUUCCAAUCCAGAAACCAUCUCAAACACAGCUGGCUUUGAAGGCUACAUCGACCUGGGCCGGGAAUUGUCCACUUUGCACUCUCUACUGUGGGAGGUCAUUUCUCAGCUCGAGCAGGGCACUGUAACAAAACUUGGGCCCCUGCCUCGGAUUCUGAGGGAUGUGAACGCUGCGCUCAGCAACCCAGCGUGUGUGCAGGUCUCCGUCCCAGCUGACCAUACUGCAUCGACUCCAAAUGCUGGCAACAGCAUCUCUGCUGGGCUACAGAAAAUGGUGAUAGAGAAUGACUUAUCUGGUCUGAUAGAUUUCACACGGUUACCGUCUCCGACCCCUGAAAACAAGGACUUGUUUUUUGUCACAAGGUCUGCUGGGGCUCAGCCCUCACCCGCCCGAAGCUCCAGCUACUCGGAGGCCAAUGAGCCUGAUGUGCAGAUGUCCAAUGGCAGCAAGAGUUUGUCCAUGGUGGACUUGCAGGACAAUCGGAUUUUGGACAGUGGGGCAAAUGCACCCGGGGCUGCGGAUUCCCUCAAUGACAGUCAGUCGUCUGUCGGGCAGUUACAGAGCAUAUGGACCGCACGAACUCAGCAGAACAACGUGACUGGCAUGGCCACGGUGCGCAGGGUAGGCCAGACCCCCACCACGCCCAAUGCUGAGAGCGCGCCUGGCAGGCCUCAGCUUUUAGCACCUUUAUCGUUCCAGAACCCGGUGUACCAGAUGGCGGCCGGGCUCCCGCUGUCCCCCCGGGGCUUGGGGGACUCUGGCUCUGAGUGCCACAGCUCCCUGAGCUCCCACAGCAACAGCGAGGAGCUGACGGCCAACAAGCAUGGCUUCAUCAACCCUGCUGGGAGUGAGGACUUCACCCGGCGGACGGGGGAGCUGGCCCGCCGGCAGCUCUCUCUGACUGAAAAAGGUGGCCAGCCCACCAUGCCCCGGCAGAACAGCGCCGGCCCCCAGAGGCGGAUAGACCAACCGCCACCUCCCCCGCCGCCAGUCACCAGGGGCAGGACGCCGCCCUCGCUGCUGAACGCAGUUCAGUACCAGAGACCUUCCAGCGGGAGCAUGAUGUCCUCCUCACCCGACUGGCCAGGCAGCGGGGCCCGCCUCCGGCAGCAGUCCUCCUCCUCUAAGGGCGACAGUCCGGAGAUGAAGCAGCGCACUGUGCACAAACAGGCCCCUUCUCCUGUGAACCCCAAUGCCCUGGACCGCACUGCCGCAUGGCUUUUGAAUAUGAACAUGCACUUUUUAGAAGAUGAAAGCAUUGACCCAGAUUCCAAGCACAGGGAUAAGCUCAGGAAUAAGGACGAGCUCAGCCAAGCAGAAAAGUACCAGCAGGACCUGGUGGUGCUGCAGGACAAGCUCCGCAUCUCCAACAAGAAGCUGGAGGAGUAUGAAAACAGGUUCAAAUGCCAGGAGGAGACAACCCAGAAACUGAUGCUGGAGUACCAGGCCAGGCUGGAGGAGAGCGAGGAGCGGCUCCGCAGACAGCAGGAAGAUAAAGAGAUCCAGAUGAAAGGGAUCAUCAGCAGAUUGAUGUCGGUUGAGGAGGAAUUAAAGAAAGAUCAUGCAGAAAUGCAGGCGGCAGUGGAUUCCAAACAGAAGAUUAUUGAUGCCCAGGAGAAACGUAUUGCUUCACUGGAUGCGGCCAACGCACGGUUAAUGAGUGCCCUUACUCAGCUGAAAGAGAGGUACAGCAUGCAGACACGUAACGGGAUCUCCCCCACAAACCCAACUAAAUUACAGAUUACAGAGAACGGAGAAUUCAGAAACAGCAGCAAUUGUUAACCCGCGGAGGGAGCUGCUGCAGGAGAGGAGGCCUGGCCUGAAAGACUGCGCAGCAGCAGGGGUGAGCCGUGCUUCAGAGAAUGGCUGCUGUCUUUCCUCCCCACUCCCCAAGGAACCAGCUCCUUACUGCAGACAGCGCACUUGACUGCUCCUUGGUGGGAGACGCCAACGCCAGCAAGUUGAGGGGACCAAAAGACCGAGUUGUGUGAAAUGUGUGGCAAAAGGAGAGCUCCGUAUAUGGGGGGAUUGCUGUCACUGGUGGAUUUAAGUCAGUGUUUAAUGUUUAACCUUUUCCUUCUCCAACUGCCCCCAGGACACACCUCACACUCCUCCUGGCCCAUAAUAAUGGCCUUGGCGUGACAGUAAGCAAAAUAAAGGGGUCUGGGAAAGCCUGCGCCAGGCCACUCAGGCUAGUUAAAGUAUGUUCAGUGGUGGGUUCCUGCGGGUAAAAGCUCAGUGGAGGAGGAGAAUGUAUCGUUGUGAAACCCACUUAGUCUGAUUCCAGCCCUGGUCAGGAAAUGCUCUGCCAUGGCACUUAGUUUGCUUGGUGGGUCAUUCUGUGUAGCUUCAGGUCGGGAUGGCUGCAGCACAUCGCUCCGGUGCACUGCUUGGAGUAUGCUCCAUGCACUGGUCCAUGAACAAGCCUUUCCCCCGGCGUUGUUCAGUAAGAGAGAUUUCCUGGGCCACUGUCAGUUUGAUGCUCACACAAGAGAACUGGUGUUUGAAUGAAAUCCGAGUGACUCAGGAGAGUAGGGUCUGAAGUGCAAGGACAAAGCUCGCUAUGUGUGCGGGGUGGGAGCCAAAGGAAUGCUGGCACAGAUAGACAACAGGGCAGGUCACCUGGGAGGGGAGUGAAUAGCCCUUUAGCAAGAAUUGCUGGGCUAAGCAGUGUCACAGCAAGUAUUACCUCUGUAGGAGUCCGGCGCUCACUGGAGAAUCCAUGCAUAUUACACCUAAGAUGGCACCUUGCAGCAAGAGAACAGCUUUCUGUAUUUGCUUUACUUUUUGCCAACCUACUAGUCAGACGCCAAGCCAGUGCAGCUGGUGCAGGCUUGUGUCCAAGGCAGUGAGACUGUUGUACACCAGCAGAGAAGCGGAGCUGGUGUUCUAGGGAUGGUUUCUUUAUUUCUAGGUGCAGCUUCUUCUUGGCAAUCUAAGGAGGGGAGAGAGGGACACAUUACCUUGUCACAAAUAUAACACAAUGAGAAGUUCCACAUGAGUAGCAUUCCACUAAACUUCCUGCUAUUGAACACAGCAAAUAUCAUGUCCACUCAUCUCACCCAGGUGCUUAGCUAUUGGGUUGUGAAGUGUGGGUUACUAGCCAAAAAUCACUCCAAAAAAUGUCUUGAAGCCCCAUCACGAUUCAGGGAGUGGAAUCGGUUUUACACCAGAAUUUGUUUAGGAUGUGGCUGCUUGAUCGGAAAAGGAAGGGUUAUUUGUGCGGGGGGCGGGGGUGCUAUAUGCAAAGGUAUGUGCUAAACAUUCAGGAAAAAGAAAAACCCUGAAGAAACAUGAAGAUUGGUAAUUGUAUUUCUUUUCUUUCACAGUAUGCAUUAGAAAAAAAUACAGCCCAUUUUCUGGAAUACUGUCCUCUUUAAAUUGGGAAUGAGCACUGCACGGAAAUUAACAGCCUCGAAGAAUGUAAAACAUGGUCAUAAGGGAAUAACCAACAAGAACAGCAGCAGCCACCGAAAUUCCCAUGGUCAGGAGGCACUGUGCAGACAUAAGCCAGGAUUAGACUUUCCUAACUGCUGAAACAAGUAGAUUCGGCACAUUCAGACGUGUGUUGCUCAGCGGAGGGGCCAUCUCCUUAGAGGGGGAUUAUGCCACUGACCUGCUGCCAGUGCAGGGUUUUUUGUUUUUGUUUUGUUUUUUUUAAAGUUAGUCCUUCUUGAUUUCCAGUCUCAGAACAGGUCAUUAAUACGGAGACCCAGAGAGAUGGUUUCUCUGAGACAUGGAUGCCACUGUACAGUGUAUAGGACAUCUGCCUAUUCCACCCAUUAGGAGCACAUACUUGCUGUAUGCUUAUCCUAGUUUGCCCAGUGCCCUGUUUAAAUGUACAGUCAGAAGGGACUAGGAUACUGAAUUGUGCGUAGGCUUAGGUCCCAACUCCAGUCUGUGCUAGCAGGAGGAUGUUUGCAUUUCUCUGUUGUCCUGCCACCGCAAAUCCUAAAAAGAUUCACUGUGGAGGGGAUUAUUUUAAAGUUAAAGCUGCUUUUUUCUAAAAGCUUCUCUUCCACGGAACCCCCCAGCCCAAGUCACAUAGGGCUGCAACUUCUGCAGCUCCGGACUUUGGAUGGUUGACGGGCUGUCUGCGCUUGAAGCUCUCCACACGCAAAGAAUGCCGUCCCAUCUCUUGAUUUAAAUUCACAGUGUGGCAUGAACGUAAGACCAAAAAGAGGAGCUCCUCAGAGCCAAGUGACCAUUGAAUAUUGGAGAAUUAGCACAAGUGGCUUUGAAGAAGCUUACAAAACUGACAGCCCCUGGAGAAAGACCCAGACAGGUUAGGCGUAUACAGGGUACUAUGAACAAUUUGAUACAUAUGCUUACACCCGCCUUUGUCUCAGUGUCAAAUACCUUUAAAGAACCCUGCAAAAAAAAAAAAGACUCUUUUUAAACAGCUGGUGCCCGGAGAUGUACUUUUAGCUCUGGUUAUUUUUUUAGGGUCUGAAAUAUUCCUCCUAUGAAAGAUGGAAGCUGUUUCACAUAGAAUGCUAGGAAGGGGUGGUGAAUGGGUGCCAUAGUAGGCACUGAUUUCCAUUCUUACAUGGAAACUUCAGGGAAUUAUUUUUGGAUGCAAAUUCAGUGCUCACCCUAAGAACUGGCAGGGGGAUCCCCUGUCUAUUUAGUACUGAAGCUAAGUACCAUACAUCUUAACCUACUCCUCAGCCCUGAGCCAAUCCAUUGCUCCCAAAACUUUUUAGGGACUACAUUACAAACUCUUGGUUAACACCAAAAUCUCAGUUGAAGCAUGCACAGUGUGCUACUGGUGUAGCAGAAAAACCUAAACCCUUCCACAGGCAGUUAUUAAAAAACUAACAUUUCCGGAUCUGACACCUUCUGAUCUGUAGUUUCCUGAGCCAGUAUGAAAAGGAACUCAGUCCCAGAAGAAAUCUCUUCUUUGUAGAGAUGUCCCCUAAACUUCAAAACAUGGGAUCCAGAUCUGGAGGUUGGUUCAGGCCCAUCUCUAAGUGUGUUACUUCAGUUUGUGGGUUUUGUUAUUUAUAAGCUGCACACCAGUGUGUGAGGGUGUGAGUGCAAUUCCUGUCCUCAAGCCUGGUGUUUCGCAUAGCAAUACCAGAGACAAUUUGCAGAGGUGCUCCCAGCAACAGAGAGUAAAACAACCACUCUACUGACCAUCAUGCGACCUGCUGUUUUCGUUCUCGUGCUUUCUGCGACAAAAGCCUAUUCUAGUGCAAAAACUGUAACUGUGUAAACAAAACAAACAUUCACAGAUUUUUUAUCUUAAUGCAAGUCUUACAAUUUUUUGCAUAUGUUCUUGGUGUUUGACUGUAAUGUACCUAUUCACCUAACAGUUGUAUAUAGUAAUUUACUUCUGGUGCUGCUUAUUUGGGCAGGAGUUGAGUGUCUCUACUGCUGGUUUGCUUGGGUUUUUUUGUUUUUAAACAGAGGUGGGCUCAAGUAAGCAAAUUCAGAUCUGGGUUCAGAUUUCAGCUGCCCCUUGGGGGCUGGGAUGGAUCCAGGGUUUUGAUUUGGGGUGAUGGAGAGAAAACGUGCGAGGCGUUGGGGUGUGAAAUAUCCCAUGGUUGCUGCACGCUAUGAGUCUAAUACAGCGGGGGUUGUGCUUUAAGUUCAGAGCCAGAAGCUCCAGGGAGACUUCCUACCAACUACAACAGUUUAGUAACCAACUGCUUCCCCCCCAAUCUAUUAGGCAGAAAUGCCCUCCACCCAAACAGGUCCUUGAAAGUCUGCACUCUGUCCCUUCAGCAUUGUGGUUUUUGCUUGUCCCUGUUAGAGCAUUCCUGGAAUUGUGAGCAGUGUCUUGGCUCCCCGCUUUAGGACAGCUGGGUAACUUACUGCCAGAUGCAGGACACACCAAGUUAUGCUGGAAUCAAUAGACUGGAGGUUUCCCCAGGCAUGCUAUAGGGCUUUGCUGGACCUGGGUGACAACAGCUGUGCUUCAUCAGUUCCACCAAGCUCAUUACCCUCCCCUGAGAGAGCACCAAGCAAAUGUACGGGGGGGAGAGGGGGGAACAACCCUGCACUGAUCUCCAGGGCCCAGCCUCCUCACAGAUCACCUCUGGGUCUCUUCCAUCCCUGUUCUGGCAUGCUGCAGCCCUGCCCCAAAAGGGGCUGUAUUCAGGGUGAGCUGGGACUCCAACUCCACCUUUCUUGUCCUGGAAUCUAAAGCGAGUGCGGCUGCUGCUGUUCCUUAAUUCCCAAGCGAUUCCUUGAACUGCCCCAGAAGGGAGGCUGUUCACUUCUAGCCAGAUGCAGAGUCUGCGCUAAUGGCCCCCCACCUGACGGGUCAGCUACGGGCACCCUUGUGUGAAUGCUGUGCAGAGAAGCGUUGUCAUUUUCUUUUCUUGGAGGGGGAGUAUAUCUAAUUUGGGCCAGAGAGAAACCUGUUCAUCUGCUGAGCAGGGGCUUUCCAACCCAUGGACAGUCUACAACAAUCCUCAAAUGCUGGAGCAGGGUUUUGGUUUUGCUCGUUAACUUUCACGGGUAACGUGAAGUGUGACAUUGCUGUAAAUUUUAUGUGGUUCUGCAUCAACUAUCGGUACCCAAAGUGCAGUCUCCAUGAUCCCAUAUUCCUUUAUCAUCCAUCACUGUGUCUUAAGAUAUACCUCUCUCUGUAUAUCUGCUUAGGCUGAUAAUAGUUCCUGAUGAGCAGUCGCUAUGUUUUAUAUUCUCUUAUGACGAAAAAGACAAACAAAAAACCUUUUUUGUAAGUAUGUUUAAAAACAAAGCAAAGUGGAAGUGUUUGCUGAAACUCCUUCAGCCUCUUUUAAACUAUAUAAUAAUGUACAGAGAAAGUUGUUGGUGUUCAAAGAGAUGAUGUGGACGUGCAAUUUCUGUACAUUUGCAAUUAGAAAUAUUAAAGAUUUAUUUAGCUAUUUUA